CCCUGCAGCAUGUCCACGCCAAAGAGCAGUCGUGGCAACGGCAGCGGCAGCCUCUUUGGUGGCAUUGCCGGCAUCACCGGCAGCACCAUCACAGUAGCUAGUCACGGGCACGGCGAUAAGACCAAGGAGCGUCUGCGCCGCAUACCCAGCGUGCAGCCCGGCGCCUUGAGCUACGAGCAGCUGAUUAAGGAGGGCACCUUUGGGCGCAUCUAUGCCGGCAAGCUGGGCGAGACGUGCGAUGCCCUGGUAAAGACUGUCAUCGACGGCGCCUCGCUGACGCAGGUGGCCUGCCUGCUGCAGGAUGCCUCGCUGCUAAUUGGCGUCAGCCAUCAGCAUAUACUGGCGCCCCUGCUGGCCAACACCGAGCUGCCCGGCCCACCCGAGAUCGCCUACCCCUAUCCGUCCAAGGGCAACCUGAAGAUCUACUUGCAAAAGUCGAGGGAGUCGAGCACGGCGCUCAGCACCCGCCAGCUGGUCGAGUUUGGCUUGCACAUUACCAAGGCCCUGGCCUACUUGCAUUCCCUGGGAAUCGUGCACAAGGAUCUGGCCACACGCAAUUGCUACGUCGAUGAGGAGUCAUACGUCAAGAUCUGCGAUAGCGCACUCUCGCGCGAUCUCUUCCCGGAUGAUUACGAUUGCCUUGGCGACAAUGAGAAUCGUCCGCUCAAGUGGCUGUCGCUAGAGUCGCUGCAGAAGAAGAUCUAUACCACGCAGGGCGACGUCUGGUCUCUGGGCGUACUGUACUGGGAGCUGGUCACACUGGCCCAGAUGCCGCACGAGGAGGUGGACAUAUUUGAGCUUACUAAUUAUUUGGCUGCCGGCUAUCGUCUGGAGCAGCCCGUCAAUUGCCCGGAUGAAUUCUUUACGGUAAUGAACUGCUGCUGGCACUCGGAGCCCAAACAGCGUCCAACGCCCUCGCAGCUGUUGUCCUAUCUGCAGGACUUUCACGUCGAUUUGGGCAUGUAUAUCUAAGCAACGCGAUGAUGAUGACGAAGAUGGCGAUGACGAUGAUGAUGAACUGACUAACUGAUAAGCACUGCAGGCUAAGUAUUCAAUUGAAUGAGGGAGAUGGAGAAUGAAAGAGAAAGAGAAAGAGAUAGAUUUACGAUUUACGUGAGAUAAAUUAAUUGAAAACUUUUACAUUUUAAAUGUGAGAAUUGAAUGUGAAUUACCUGUUACCAAAUUCUCUAUGAAUGUAUAUGUAUAUGAAUGUAUGUAUGUAUGUGAAUAUAGUAUAUAGCAAUGCAUUAUAUAAGUAAAUGUUAAGGCGUCUAAGUGGCACAACAAAACCAAUUAAGUCAA